AUGGACCUCCAAGAGACGCAGAACACGCUGGUGCGCCUCUUCAACGACGCAAACGCGCAGUUCCACAAAAUGCCCGGCUCGGCUAUCAUACUGCGGUACAUCAAGAGCAGCUACCAGGACGACCCCGUGCGCAGCGCAAUUGAGCUGUUUCUGUUUCUGUUCGCGGUGCGGUAUAUGCUGAGCCCGAGCUACAGCACGCAGAAAAAGGUCAAGCUGACCGAGGAGGAGAUCGAUGAGUUGGUGGACGAGUGGACGCCAGAGCCGCUGGUUGCUGCGACGACGCCUACCGACGAGUUCGAGAACGAGAAACGACCUGUUCUUGUCGGUCCUACCGGGCCCAAGUCAAAGCUCUCCAACGGCCGCACCGUCACGAACCUCGCAUCCUAUAACUUCUACAAUUUCGUCGGAAAUGAGAUGCUCAAGGAGAAGGCCAUCCAGACGCUGCGUACGUACGGGGUGGGACCAUGCGGGCCGCCAGGGUUCUACGGCACGCAGGACGUGCAUAUGAAGACGGAGGCCGAUGUGGCAGCGCACUUGGGCGUGCCUGCCUGCAUCAUCUACGCGCAGUCUUUCUCGACCAUCUCCAGCGUUAUCCCGUCUUUUUGCAAACGAGGCGAUAUCAUUGUCGCAGACAAGGCCGUGAAUUUCUCAACGCGGAAGGGCAUUCAGAUAAGCAGGAGUACGGUACGGUGGUACGAGCACAACGACAUGGAAGACUUGGAGAGGGUGCUGCAGAAGGUCACCAAGGAACAGGCAAAGAAGCCGCUUACCCGGCGCUUCAUCAUCACCGAAGGCAUGUUUGAGAAUAUUGGCGAUGUGUCGGAUCUGCCGAGGCUUGUCGAACUCAAGCACAAGUAUAAAUUUCGAUUGAUUCUAGAUGAGACCUGGUCCUAUGGCGUUCUCGGCAGGACCGGUCGGGGCCUCACAGAAGCACAGAAUGUGGACGCCCGAGAGAUCGACAUGAUAAUUGGAAAUCUCUCGGGGCCUCUGUGUGCAGCAGGAGGGUUUUGUGCUGGAACUGAAGAAGUGGUGGAGCACCAGCGCAUCUCGUCCGCAUCUUACACGUACUCCGCCGCGCUUCCCGCACUGCUCUCAACCACCGCCAGUGAAACAAUAUCCAUGCUUCAAGAACAACCAGAGAUCCUGACGGCGCUGCGCGACAACAUCAAAGCCAUGCGCGCCCAACUAGACCCCAGAAGCGACUGGGUCAAGUGCACAAGCAACGUUGAUAACCCGAUCAUGAUUCUGAUACUCAAACCAGAGGUCGUAGCUUCCAAGGGCUGGAGUACAAAAGAUCAAGCACAGCUGUUGCAGGACACGGUCGACGAGUGUCUUGCCAACAACGUCCUCGUCACACGGGUCAAGGCCUACCCUCUCGGUUUGGGUGCUAACCCGCGGGAUGAAGGAUGGCAACCAACGCCUGCCAUCAAGGUCUGCGUGACCUCGGGUCUGACUAAGAAGGAGACAGAAAAGGCGGGUAUCACCAUCCGUCACGCAAUUACGAAGGUGGUGAAGAGCAACAAGUGGAGCAAAUGA